GGAAUCACCGAUCACCGAUCCCCAAAAAUCUCAUCAAAUUCGACCUUGUCCCCGAGUUCCAACCCCACGUGCUCCUUCGUGUCUUAGAGAGGUCUGGCGGGAACAGCCUCGCUGAUUCAGCACGCUGCUUGCUGACGGGACAAGAGGCGCAGCAGGAACCUCAGAUCCAUAGACAGGAGGAGCUUUUCUUCUGUGCAGCGGAAACCGCUGCUGCUGCUGCUGGCGCAAGCAAGAAGUGAGCCUGGGUUCUGUGUAGCGCCGCUGCAGCGUGAGCAUGGCAAGGAUGACCAACGGACGAGGGAGUAGCAGAGCAGCGGUCAAUGUGGAAGGAGUCAUCGAGGGGCAGAAGGUGUACGUGCCGGAUGAUGACAUCGCGUGGGCAAGAGCAACCGUGAUGCACCCGCUGGGGGGCUCGAGGUUCGAGGUUGAGGUGGAGCGGUCACAGGAGCGGGGUGGGCUGAAGCCGCGCGUAACCGGCUCUUUGGUCGUCGAUGCGUCCGGGCCGGGGUUUGAGGGCAUGGACUCCCUCCCAUUGCAGAACGCCGAAACCGCGGACGGUAAGGGAGUCGCGGAUAUGUGUGCCCUGAACCACCUCCACGAGCCGGCCAUCCUCUACAACCUCCGGAGGCGCUUCAUGAGCCUGCUGCCCUACACGUACACGGGAGAGAUCUGCAUCGCCAUCAAUCCGUACCAGUGGCUGGACAUCUACGGGAGGGAACUCGGGCAACGGUACAAGGAAGCCUCGAAGCGGUCGGACAUGGCGCCACACGUCUACGCGACGAGUGCCCAGGCCUUCAAGGGCUUGCAAACGUACGGCGUGAACCAAAGCAUCUUGGUCAGCGGCGAGAGCGGGGCGGGGAAGACGGAGACGGUGAAGAUCCUUCUGAACCACCUCGCCGACAUCGCGGGGUCCCACGCCGACGACCGCACGAUAGAGAAGGUGAUCACGUCGAACCCUCUGCUCGAGAGCUUCGGCAACGCGAAGACCCUUCGAAACGACAACUCUAGCCGCUUCGGCAAGUUCACGGAGCUGCAGCUGGACUCGAGGUGCCGCCUGGCGGGGUCCCAGAGCAACACCUACCUGCUGGAGAAGGUCCGCGUCGUGUCGCACGCCAGGGGAGAGCGGACGUACCACAUCUUCUACCAGCUUCUGGCAGCACCGGAGUCUGAGAAGAAGCGCUACGGCCUGGAAGGGCAGGGGAGCGCCUCCUUCCGAUACACCAACAUGGGAGGGGACCAAAAAGGUGUGAUCGAGGGCAUGUCGGACGGUGACCGUUUCCGGCAGACCUCGGACGCUCUGGACAUCAUCGGCAUGGCUGAGAAGGAAAAGUCAGAGCUCCUCUCGGCUGUCUCUGGAGUGUUGCACCUAGGACAGAUCGCUUUCGUGGAGAAAGCCAGCGACAGCGGGGCACACGAGUGUGAGGCGCGCGACCCCGAGAAGCUAGUGGCACCAGCAACGAUGCUCGGCGUGACGCCCGGCGAUCUAGGGCAGCACCUGACCCACCGCUCCGUGAAGGUGGAGGGAAAAACGAUCAACGUGCCUCUGUCGCCCGCGGCAGCGACGGAUAGCCUUGACGGUCUCGCCAAGGAGAUCUAUUGCAGGGUGUUCGACUGGUUGGUGGCCAAGAUCAACGACUCGAUGCGAUGCUCCGACGGCAGCAACAAGGGAACCAUCGACCUCCUGGACAUCUUCGGCUUCGAGACCUUCCAGCACAACAGCUUCGAGCAGUUCUGCAUCAACUACGCGAACGAAAAGCUACAGCAAAAGUUCACGCAGGAUGUCUUCAAGAACGUUCAGGUGGAGUACCAAGAGGAGGGCAUCCCGUGGUCACACAUCGACUUCCAGGAUAACGCGGCGGUGUUGGGUAUGAUCGAGGAGCCACGGAGAGGCCUGCUCUCUCUACUCGACGAGGAGUGCAUGCUCCCCCAGGGGACGGACGAGGCCUACGCUUCGAAGGCAAUCAAGGCGUACAAGGACCACGAGAACUUCGGCAAGGACCGCUUCGCGACCAAGCUGGAAUUCACGGUCCACCACUACGCCGGCAGAGUAGUCUACAACACCGGGGGCUUCGUGGAGAAGAACAAGGAUCAGCUGCAGUCUGACCUGGUGCAGAUGCUGUCGCAGUCCACCAAUGGCGUACUCGGUUCCUGCUUCAAGAGCCAGGCAAAGCCCUUGCUAUCCCAGGACUCGAACGGCCCCAACAGCCGACAACGCAAGGGCUCACUCAUGCAGGAGUCCCUCGGAUCCAAGUUCAAGCGGCAGCUGCACGCCUUGAUGGCGGCCAUCCAGAGGACUGAGGUGCAGUACGUGCGGUGCAUCAAGCCGAACGCGAACAAGUCGAAGGACGAGCUGAACUGCCUCAUGGUGGUGGAGCAGCUAAGAUGUGCAGGAGUCGUGGAGGCGAUUCGAAUCUCGCGAGCAGCGUACCCCAACCGCAUGAUUUUCCGCGAGUUUUCUCGACGCUUCGAGGUGAUGGCGAACAAGGUUACGAAGGGGGGCGGCGGCGCUAGCAAGGCUGCCAGGGAGAAGGAGGCGGCGGCAUUUGCCAGACGGUCGGAGUCAUCGCAGUGCAGGUUCAUUCUGGAGAAGCUUCUGGGACGCGAAAAGGACAGCAAGUGCUGUCUUGGCAAUACCAAGGUGUAUUUCCGAGCUGGGGUGCUUGAGCAGAUGGAGGAGGAACGCGGGAAGUUCGUUAGAGUGAAGGUGGUGACGGUGCAGCGGGCGCUCAUGGGGAACGCCAAGCGCAGGCCCUACCUCAGGCUCCGGACCUCCGCGAUAGUGGCCCAGAGGUUGUGGAGGGGACACGUCGAUCGACAGACGGCGAAGCGAUUGAAGGUCGAAAAGGAGGAGCGGGAACGACGGGCGAGGGAGGAAGAGGAACGAAGGAGGAGGGAGGAGGAGGAGAGAAGGUUGGCCGCUGCCAAGAAGGCAGAGGACGAGCGGAUUAAGAUGGAGGAGGAAGAGCGCAAGAAGGCUGCGAAGAAGGCGGAGAAGGCUGCCUCAGGCGGGGGUAGCUUGGUGGGGAAGCUGAUCGGAGGGGGUAGUGGCGGCGGCAAGAAGGACAGGAGCAGCGGGGGAGGGGCAGGGGCGGGGGGGGAGUUCUCGCAGGAUAGCCCUGUCGAUAACGGCCAUUCGGUGGGAGAAGAGAGAAGUGACAGAAUUUUGGGCAUCAUGCCCGACUACGACUCGGACACCGACAUGCCUAUGGACAUGCAAAACAAGUUCAAGUCAGGCUCGUCUUCCGGCGGCACCUUCUCCCGCUUCUACAGCGGGCACGGGGUCGCCGCGGGUGCGGAGGAGGGAGACGACGAGGGGGGAAUGUCGGUCGGCCGCUACAACCCGCUUUUUCACAACGCGCAAAAGGGGGGCGAGAAGGGGGAGAAGAACUUCGGCAUGCGCGUAGCGCAGGGAGGAAGAGAAGGAGACGCGGCACCCGGCUCGCCGCGAACAGCCCGGCGAAAGCGGUUCUUGGAAUUUAACCCGAAGGCCCUGGAGGGGUUCAUGAGGGUCGACAUGCGCGGGUUCUUGACGCAGCCGGUACCUAGGAAGGGGGGCACCGUGAAGUGCUUCAUCCGCAGGGAGAAGAAAGAGCUGGUUCGAGGUUUCAGCAAGCUCAUCCGCGGCAACGAGGUGUACAAGCUCUAUAUGGAGGGAAAGGGAGAUUUCCCGGACCGUUACCUGAUGACGGCGCGUAAGAAAGGCGGAGCUUCGGCGUCUCAGUUCGUGAUGACCAUGGAGGACGGGGAGGACGGUGACGACAGCGGCAGCAGCAGCAACAUCGUGGGACGACUCAAGGCCACCACCAGGACGUCGGAGGAGUUUCAGGUGUUUAGCCCGAGGUUCACCGGUCCAGACGACAGGGGCAACGGGAAGGAGAAGGAGGUCGCUGCGGUGCACUACUCGGCUGACAAGAUGGAUCCGCAUGGACGGUACGAGGGGCCCCGCAAGAUGAGGGUGGUACUGGGCAACAUGCACGGCAACAACGCGGACGUGGAGGCAGAAUCGUCCCUGCUUCACCGCAUGCUGAGGGGAAGCCUUGAUUCUCUGGAGGAGCCCUGCCUUAUCAACAGAAAUCCGCGAUGGAACGCCAAGGUGCAGGCGUUCGUGCUGAACUUCCACGGGAGGGUGACUCAAGCGUCCGUGAAGAACUUCCAGCUUGUCGUUCAGGGAGACGUGACGGAGCAAAUCACCCUGCAGUUCGGGAGGACGCACACGAAUGAGUUCACCAUGGACUUCUGCCACCCCUUGUCUCCGCUGCAGGCGUUAGCCAUCACGCUCACGAGCUUCGACUGUAAGUAGGCAUGACCAGCUCGGAGUUAAGCGGAGGUGUUUGUGUGGUGCGGAAGGCGUUGCGCAUGGCCGCUUGUUCGCUAGCUCAAUGGCUUCAUAGGAAUAGAAGGAGAGAAGCAGUACUGAUUUACGCUCUUAUCUUUAUCGAAUAUAAUAACGCCUACGACAGAAGCGGUAUGCGCUCUAUCGGGUCGACAAGAGACCACCGCGAUGGUCCGUCUUGCGCCACGAACAGCGUCUGGCACGGAUUGAGCCUGCUUGUCAGACAGGCGUGGGUUUCGUCUUCUGCUUGGGCAAGGAAGGCAGAGUUUGUUUUGGAUGAAGUGACUCAAGUUUUUUGUUCAUUGUUUUUUAAGUAUCAUAGGGGACAGAAAGUCAUUCACUACGUUCUGACGAGGCGGACAACCUGCUCCUUAUCCUCUCUGAGGCACAUACGAAAGAGACACGUGUCAAGUGCCCUCGGAUCGGUGGAUAUAGCGCAGCAGGUGUUUGCUUGUUUGCAUGUGUUCAAUGGGAAAAAUGCGGGGUGGAGGGGGGUCAGCAGAGGAUUUAGUAUUGUUCUUGUCCCGCUACAAGUCACCGGGGGAGUAUCUUUUUUAUGAUUUGUUUUUUGUGAUGUGUUGCCUGCCAACUGGUGGCUGAUUUUGGUUGGGGGGUACGGCGGGAACUCGUGGCGAACAGUAGAUAGAAGGCCCUGUAAUGUGGAUUUUGUUCUGAUUUCGUUUCGUAUCGGCAUGGCACUCAUAGAGUGGUUGGUCUCUUGCGUGCCAAGAUGGGAAAGAGAGCGGCGGUGGCGAAAUGCGCGGUCGCGCGAGUUGUUGCGUUUUCCAAAAUCACAAGGCCGAGUGGAUAUGGAUUUCCAAGGGAUAAGCGAAGAGCGCAACGCAUGAGGCCGCGGGGGGAGGGGGCACGCAGCUGGUAUGUUUGACGGCAGCAGGGUGGUAGUGGGUGUAAAUCGGAGGGCUCCUAAGGGUUUCGCACAGAUGUGUUCCGCGGAAGGGGGUGCUGCUGUGCGUCAUUCAUGUCAGAGGCAUGGAAUGAUUUUCUUUUUCAUGUGCCCCGUCUUGCUUCGUCACGUCACACGCUCAAGGAAAGAAGAUAGAAGGAUUGUACCAGUACGUACGUGACAUAGCUCUGUUGAUCGUCUACCACGAUUCGCUUUGCUGUGUAGUCUGAGAGGUCUGACAUCCUCAUGGUGCGAAAUCGAUACUAGGAUUACGCGGUCGAAUCUUUACGCCAAGAGAGGUUCUUAGAUGCUCAAGAGUUUUCUUGAAACUAUCGUGGAACUGGAGCUUGUUCGAAUAUCCACCCAUGUUGGAGUGAGUUCCAGGAACAGCCUUGUGCUUUCAGGCAAACGUCGAACCCACGUACUACUUCCAAACUCGCAGACUUUCUUGUAGUGUUGAGGUGGGAAAAAAUGCCGUUCCUUGGUGGACCUGUCGCAUCAAGGGAUACUCCGCGUGUCGAGGUUGUCUUCCAAGUUGAUACCGGUGUUGCGGUGAGCAUUGGUGCCUUGAGCGAGGCAGUCGUUGGUGGUGGUGUUGUUGUCAAUGUCUUCCUUUUUUCUUAACUUUGAUCGUCGGGCAUUCUUAACCAUUCUGAUGUCCACCCAGUGCCUCCACAUUCCGCUCGGUUACGAACUGUCGCGAACUGUCGAUUUCUUCCACCAAAGGGCUUGAUGCGAACAGCGACAGGUUGCACCGCCCCCUGUCAGACCCUCAUGUUUUGCUGCGAGGGUACUCUGGCAGUUUGUCUACUGUUUUUCAUAUACUCCAGUAUCGACGAUGCAGGCUGCGGUGUAGGAGACUUACCUGCGCACCUGUUGUCAUGAUCGAGUUCUCAAGGUUCCGAUUUGUUUUUGAGCCUGGAGUGCUGACUCCCAAGCUUCUUGAGUGGAGGUGCGUCGAUUUGACGUUGAUGCUCCUUUCCGAGUCUGGCCUGUUACCUCGGUGGAUGGCGGGGGCUCUCAAUUCGCGUGAUCGUUCCAUUGCCUGUCUUCUCGUACGAAUCGACGAGCCUAUGUUUUUUAUCUUGAAACCGAAACGCUGCAUUUCACGGCGGUGCAAAUAGCGAGAUCUACUCGGAAAAACGGGGGGCGAGAACUAGAAAAAACUUUUUUUUUUUUCGUUUUUUCCUAUGCUGUGCGCGGCUGCACACAUACCUGGCUCGUUGUCGAGAUAGCGAUAGCACUGGAGUUUGAAACAACGAAGAUGUGCGGCUAGCUUUGAACGAAUGGAGAGUGCUUUCAAAGGGUGGAGGAAGGACACACUGUGUGUUGGUUAGUUGGAUUCGUUUUCAGCGCGGGGGGUGCUCCAGGUUUGUUUUUCGUUACGAGGAAAUACUGACGGGGACGGACACGAGAGGGUAUGGGCACUAUUGCACGUACGUCUACAUCCCGCGUGGUAUGUGCGGGGUGGGAGGCUGGCCCGUGUUUAGAGUACCCCCACGGUGUUGAUUUUGUCGUAUCAGCUGUUAUUGCUAUUGUUGCCGCUGUUCUCAGAGGUUCCUUCCCUAAGAUUUCAGCGGGAAACACAUGCGGGUAUGUGAUGGUGAUGUGCACACCCACGCAUUGCAUGCACGUACCAUCCCCCCACCAAUUCAUGUGGUCUUGCGUACAGCAGCAGUCAGCAGUAUUCGAACGUUCGUCUGGUGGUGAUUAGACAAUGCUUGGACGAGGGCUCUUCUUUGUUACGGAGAGAGGUCAACAGUGUUUCGUUUGCACAGCACUACCGGUAUUAUGUACGGCAACGCUGCCACGACAUUAGUGUGUUCCCAGCCCUAACUCAUUCGUGCAUUGUCUUUUGAUUGUUGCCUUGCUCCUUCCGUGUACAAGUAUGUGUGUGGAUCGAUAUAUAUGCGCGAGUUCCCUCUAGGUCAAUCAUGUUUUUCAGGUAGUACAACUUGGAUUAUGAUGUGUUUUUCGUCGUCAGACCGGCUCUUCUCCUUGCCCGCCGAGGUUACGGAGGAGGAAACGACACGACACGACACGAUCGAAACGAAGCGCAAAUGCGAUCCAGGGCAGGGCGU